AUGGAAAAAGUGGUAGAGCAGUUUAUACAAGUUGCAGCAAAAAUGGGAUUGAAGGUAAACGAGAAAAAAAGCAACACGAUGCUGUUCACCAAUAACGACACAAUCGAAUCGAGCUUAGAACAGUACUUGGUAGACCAGGUGCAUCGGUCUUUGCAGACCAAUCAUGAUAGGAUAACGACAUUCGUAUUGGGCGACUUAGAAACUGACACACUGAGGCCGCUCUUCUAUUUAACGAGUAUUGACGGAAAUACUAAGCGUGCUGCUUAUCCUUGGUUGCUCCUGCUUGUUUGUGGUGGGCAUCCUCGGUGCGGCUGCUUUGGCAAGGAACCAGUUGCUGAAGAAAAGGGUAACCAGAGGACCUUACAAGGUGUUGCUGACUGCGACUGA